UUUGAACAGGCACCGGAAGUGAGGUAAAAGCUGCCCCGGCGCAGUGGACUGUGGGACAUCGUGCCAUAUUGACACGAAAGAAAUGGACGCGGGGUUUUUCCGCGGCACCAGUGCGGAGCAGGAUAACCGCUUCAGCAACAAACAUAAGAAGCUGUUGAAGCAACUCAAGUUUGCAGAAUGUCUGGAGAAGAAGGUGGAUAUGACCAAGGUCAACCUGGAAGUCGUGAAGCCCUGGAUAACCCAGCGAGUGACUGAGAUCCUUGGCUUUGAGGAUGAUGUCGUCAUCGAAUUUGUCUUCAACCAGCUUGAGGAAAAGAAUCCUGAUGGGAAGAUGAUGCAGAUUAAUUUGACCGGGUUUCUGAAUGGGAAAAAUGCUCGGGAGUUCAUGAAGGACCUCUGGCCGCUGUUACUAAGUGCCCAGGAGAACAUUGCUGGUAUCCCGUCUGCCUUCCUGGAGCAGAAGAAAGAGGAGAUCAAACAGAGACAGAUUGAACAGGAGAAACUUGCCUCUCUGAAAAAAAUAGAUGAAGAUAAAAGAGAGAAGGAGAGCAAAGAAAGAGCUCAGUCAAAAAGCCCUAAAAGGAGGAAGUCCCGCUCACCUGUGAAGCGUGACCGUAAGUCCAGUCCCUCUCGAUCUCCUCGCCGAAAACCGAGCCCGGCUGCCUCACCACCUUCCAGUCCGCCCAACCAUAAAGAAGAACCAAAGCAAGAACCGGACCAAUCAGAGAGCUCCAAACCAGAGCCGCUUGUUCAGGAGGCUUCCUCUACUAGUGAUCUUGUGGGUGACAUGAAGCCGGACUCAGUGUCUGAGGCUGUGAAAGAGUCAUCUCCAGAAAAAACAUCCAAAUCGGAAGACAGGCCCAAACCCAGAGACAGGGACAGAGAGAAGGAUGGACGUAGAGAUCGCCCACGUCAACGCUCUCGUUCACCUCGCUCCCGUAGACGACCUCGAUCCCGCUCAAGGUCAUUCUCACCGCGUCGCAGAACUAGUCCCAGGAGGCGAAUCUCUCCAAGACGUAGGAGCCCUCCUAGACGGAGACCCCCCUCUAGGCAUAGACAUAGCCGUUCACCUGUCAACAGGCGGCGCUCUCGCUCCCGGUCCUCUUCUGGUAGUUCCUCUUCUCGGUCACCCCAUAAGAGAGCAGGGAAACGUGGGUCAGCUACCCCGCCCAGAAAACUUCCACGUCGCUCUGACCCCUCCAGCCCUUCCAGAAUACGAGGUCCUAGUCCUUCAAGAGCAGACACCAGCUCUUCAGCUGUGAAGCUCAGGCCUGGUGGAAGAAAUGACUCACGCUCUCCUUCCCCUAAACCAAGGCAGUCUGAUGCAUCAGACUCCGAGGAGGAGAAGGUGGGGAAAGAGUCAACAGCAGAUUCUGUCCAGCAGCGACGUCAGUAUCGCAGACAGAAUCAGCAGUCCUCUUCAGACUCGGGUUCAUCCUCUUCUUCUGAAGACGAAGGUCCGAGGAGGCAGAAUAGGGGGGCAGGUACCAGGAAUGGAGAAUUCAGAAGGCGGCGUAGCCAUUCACCUGCAUCACCACGGAGAAGGCACAGAGAUGCAUCCCCAAGAAAGAGACGCUCUCCAUCACCUGCUGGCCGCAGACAUCGUUCACCUUCUCCUGUUCGCCGCCGUAGGUCACCCUCUCCUCCCCCAAGACGCAGAUCUCCAUCUCCACCUCAUCGCCGCUUCACUCCCCCUAUCCAACGCCGAUACAGUCCCUCCCCUCUCCCAGCUCAAAAGAGACCCUCAUCAGGGUCUCCACCCAAGCGCAGAAGGUCUCCCUCCCCUUUGUCCAAGCGUAGAGGGUCUCCUUCCCCCAUUUCAAAACGUAGAGGUUCUCCUUCCCCCAUUUCAAAACGUAGAGGUUCUCCUUCCCCGGUUUCCAAACGCAGAGGAUCUCCUUCACCAGUGUCCAAACGCAGAGGAUCUCCUUCACCAGUGUCCAAACGCAGAGGAUCUCCUUCACCAGUGUCCAAACGCAGAGGAUCUCCUUCACCAGUGUCCAAGCGUAGAGGAUCUCCUUCACCAGUGUCCAAGCGUAGAGGGUCUCCUUCACCAGUGUCCAAACGCAGAGGAUCUCCUUCACCAGUGUCCAAGCGUAGAGGGUCUCCAUCAGUGUCCAAACGCAGAGGAUCUCCUUCACCAGUGUCCAAACGCAGAGGAUCUCCUUCACCAGUGUCCAAGCGUAGAGGAUCUCCUUCACCAGUGUCCAAGCGUAGAGGGUCUCCUUCAUCUGUGUCCAAACGCAGAGCGUCUCCCUCACCCAUUGCUAAGCAUAGAGGGUCUCCUUCACCUGUGUCCAAAAGCAGAGCAUCUCCCUCACCCGUGGCCAAGCGUAGAGGGUCACCCUCUCCUGUGGCCAAACGUCGCCCCUCUCGAUCCCCGAAACGGAGUCGUGGCAGUAGUCCAGGAAAAAGACGUACUCCGCCCUCUUCUGCUUCACCCCCACCCCGCCACCGUAGAAGUCCCCCUGCAGCCCGAGGCAGAGAUGCUCGUUCUUCUCCUCACAGCACUCGAGUGUCUUCCAGUCCUCUGCCCCGAUACGGCCCCUCUGGUUCAUCCCCACAGAGACAAAGACGUCAGACGUCCCCGUCUCAUAGUACCAGACCCAUUCGCAGGGUUUCCCGCACGCCAGAGCCACGCAAAUCUCAGAGAGGUUCUCAGAGCCCCCAGCCAGUAAGGAGGCAGGUUUCACGUUCUCCAUCUGCUUCUCCUCCUCCUGCUCCAACGGCUCACAAGCGGCCUGCUUCUGUCUCACCUUCUCGCUCUGCUAGCCGUUCUCCACCUCCACCUGCCAAAAAGAACAGCAGCGUUUCCCCGAGCCCAUCACCUAACAAGAACUCUGAUGCUGAAGGUAGUAAGAAGAAGAAAAAGAAGAAAGAAAAGAAACACAAGAAAGAGAAGAAACACAAGAAGCAUAAGAAACAGAAAAAGGAGAAGAGUGGAGAAGAAAAGAGUGGAGGGGCGACAGGAGGACACGGACAGGAAGCAGAGCCAGAUUCUGAUCAGAAAAAGGAAUCAGAGAGUGAAGUAGAAGACAGUUUGGAUGAUCUGGAGAAGCAACUACGUGAGAAAGCUCUCCGCUCAAUGAGGAAGGCCCAGAUGUCCCCAUCAUCUCAGUCCUGAGGAAAUAUCCAUCACACCCCACAUCUCCCACUUUUUCUUCCACUCUCUGCAUUUUAAAUGUUUGAUGUUGGUUCAGCUUUAGAAUGUACAAAUUGUCCAAAUUCACCCUAGACUUUUGUUAGUUUGGAUUUUUUUUUGGCAUGUUAAUUGCUGAGGAGUUUUUUUAGAUGUGGAAAUGAUUGAGCAACUGAAAUUUCUUCAUCAGAUUCUGCCCUCCUUUCCACCCUUAAAUACUGUUGACAACUUUAUCCGAAAAACAAACCCCUUUUUUAUUCCCCGAUUCUCCCUUUCCCCCAUAAUUCCUGUGUAGCUUUUAUGGUCAUGAUAAAACAAAUUGAAAAGCUUAUUUGCAGUUUUGAGUUAAUAAUGUACAAGUUAGCCUAUGAAUUCUCUUUACUUCAGCAGGACUUUUUAUGAGAGUUUUGUUUGUGUGGACAGCAGACCCCUGCGUGUUUGUCCUCUUGUGUGCAUGAUCAAUAAACCAAAACACCCAGAGAGCGGAUCCAGCAGGCUGCUCUCUCUGUUUAACUGAGCAUUGUGGCAGUGCUUGAGCUCUACUGUACACUUGAGAACAAAUCAGUGAAGUCUGUUUUCAUCCUUUAUUUUUUUGCUUUAUAUUUUUUGUAA